UGAAAUAUUACGUAACCGACGAGAAAGAAGGAUUAUAAUUUGAAGGUUAAACGGGAUUAACCUUGUUGACGAUUUCUAAAAAUGUUGGUGAAGUUAGUUGUUGGGUCUCUGUUUCUAUAUGUGAUACACAUGGUGCUCACAACGGUGUAUUAUAUGGGUUUUCAUUUACACUAUAAUGAACAUUAUCCGGGCAAGUGCGAGAAUAUCGAUGGAAUAGGUCUUGGUUCAGAAGAUUUUCAUACAUUUACAGAUGGAUUGACUUUCAUAACAUCAGGACAUGCUGUACAGAAUGAAUCAAUACAUAAACGAGAAUAUAUGGUUAAACAUAAUAUUGUUGGUAGAAUAUAUUUAUUUGAUUUCAACAAGAAUAAAGCGAAAGUAGAAGAACUGUCUAUAGUAGGAAGUAAUGGUGGCUUUAAUGUAAAAUUAUUCCACCCUCAUGGUAUCAGUGGUUGGCUGAAUAAAUCAGGCAAGAAGGUAUUAUUUGUGGUGAACCAUGAAGAACAAGGAGUUGAUUAUAUAGAAAAGUUCGAAUUUAUUCCUGAAAAUAAACAGCUGAAACAUGUUAAACGAUAUCGUGAUAAUACGAUGUUAAUUGUUAAUGAUGUUCAAGCUACAAGCGAAGAUAGCUUCUAUUUUACCAACACCGGAACAUGUCUUGAACAGUUUUGGAUUAUUGUACAGCUGCUUGGUCGAUUUGCAUGGAAUACUGUGGUAUAUUGUGAUGGCAGUAACUAUAAGAUAGUUUUAGAUGAUAUGUUUGUAACCAAUGGUAUAGCAAUGUCUAACGAUGGAAGAAAUGUGUAUAUUGCCAAUAUGGGGAACCAGGAAAUAGUUGUAGCAGAAAGAAAACCAAACAAUGAUCUGGUUAGAAAACAGGUUUACUCAGUUUAUACAUAUCCAGAUAAUAUUAUAGUAGAUAUGAAAACAGACAAUCUGUAUAUUGGUGCACAUCCUAUAGCAUAUAAAUUAUUUCUAACAAUAGAUGAUCCUGUCAACCACUCACCUUCUCAGGUUUUGAUGUUAUAUGUUAAAAAUGGAAACAUAACGAAGACAAGAGAAUUAUUUUAUGAUGAUGGAGAAUUAAUAACAGGGUCUUCAGUAGCCAUUGUUUUUAAUUCUAAAUUACUCAUAGGUUCCGUUUUAGAUAAAACCUUUUUCUGUGAUGUUAGUGUACCUUUGUAAUAUUUCGUGUUAGAAUAACGGUGUACUGCACAUAAUAUUUUCAAUAAUGCCCCCCUCCCCACAAAAAAAAGUAGUAUAGAAAAAAACAUGCGUAAGGUGUGACGUUAUCAGGGGAAAUGUCAGCAAGUGUUAAUAAACAAACUAAGGCUUAAACUAGUAAAUUAAUCUCUCUUAAGACAUUAUUUACAAGUAUAUAAGUACAUUGUUUAAAAACCUAAUUAUGAAUUAUGUAAAGAAAUAAAUAACAAUGAAAAAAAAAAUAAAAUAAA